AUGUGUCAGAGUGUUUCACGGCAAGUGAAGGUGGUGCUGGGGGACUCUGACUAUUUCCGUGUGGUUGGUUCAGAGAAUGCAGACAGAAAGGUUCCACCAGGACUGUCCAUCACUUUCACCAUUUUCUUCACCCCGCAAGAGAAGAAGGACUACCUCCACAAACUGAUUUGUGUGACAGAGAGGGAGAAGUUUGAGGUGCCAAUCCGUGCAAUUGGGCCGCGGGCCAUUCUUGACUUUCGUGAACAGAUCCAUUUACCCAUGUGUCCAGUCAAAGGGUCCACAGAAAGGACUCAGUUCGUCCGCAACAUCGGAAACAGGCAGGCCAAGUUCCAGCUCAGCACACAGAGCCCCUUCUCUGUGACGCCCUCAGUUGGGUAUCUUGGUGUAGGUGAGGGCAUGCAGGUGACUGUGGAGUUCAACCCCAGGGUUUCAGGAGACCACAGGCAGGACCUGCGGCUGCACUACCACACUGGUGAGGAUGUGUACAUCGACUUGUAUGGGGCUUGUGAGGAACUGAAUGUGCAUCUGGAGCCUGACUCCAUCCUGCUGAAUAAGACUUAUGUUUCCCUGCCCAACAUGUUCUUCGUGUCUCUUACCAACACAAGUGAUACGCGUCUUUACUACUGUUGGAAAAUCUGGCCCAGCCAGCAGGAGGAGGACCUGUAUUCAUUAAGAGAGAGCUGUGUGCUUCAGCAGGAGGAGGAGAAGCAGCAGUUGCCGUCUGAGUGCAAGUCUCACCCCACAGCAAUGCAUCGCCUGCCACUGCUGUCCAGAACCUUGAAGGAGUGGAGACGCCAGGCCGCAGACGACUGCCCACCAGUCCUAACACACAACUGCAUCACCAUUCAGCCAGCAGAGGGUGAAAUAUGGCCCAAAAUGAAAGCGAGUUUCAUCGUUGUCUUCAAGCCCGAAGAGGCCAAACUCUACAGAGAAACACUAUACUGUGAUAUCACAGGCCGCGAGUCCCGUUUACCUCUGACAAUCGAGGGGGAGGGCCUGGGACCCUGUCUCAGGCUGAAUUACAACCUAAUUGAUAUCAAAAACCUAGUCAUUGGUGACAAAUAUUGCUGUGAGGUGUGGGUGGAAAACAUAGGGCUGAUUGAUGCUCCUUUCAAGCUGCACAGCCCCGACACCCCUUAUGGCCGCUGUUUCUGCAUCAGCCCUGAGGAGGGCAUUGUUCCUGCUCAGGGCUACCAGGUCCUGAAGGUCGCCUUCACCAGCCACACCCUGGGGACUUUCUCUGAGGACUUUCUGCUCACUGGCAAGGGACAGCCUCAGCCAUUCAAACUGACCUUCAGGGGUUGCGUCACUGGCCCCACGAUCCACUUCAGUUUAUCAGAACUGAAUUUUGGGGAUGUGGCCUUUGGUGUCCCCCAAACAAUCAGCUGUACCCUCUUUAACACGUCCUAUGUGCCUAUGACAUUUGCUCUACGUGUCCCUGGGGACGGGUUGGGUUCUCCCAGUGUAGACAGUAAUAAACAGAUAUCUGACCUGUCCAUUACCCACUGGAAUGGCUGCACCACCCAGGACCCUCGAGUGCAGCCUGUGGAAUUCACUCUCAGCCCUGCCUCGGGCACUGUGCCUGCCAUGUCAGAUGUGGACAUUGAGGUGACACUGUGCUCCAACACACUGAAGACAUACAGGCUGGCAGUGGUGAUGGAUGUGGACAGUGUUGGGGAAGAGGUGAUGACUCUGCCUAUCAGUGCCAGGUGUGUGGUACCUGAGGUUAUAGUGGAGACUCCGGUGUUGGACUUUGAGCAGUGUUUUCUUGGUCUCGUUUACGAACAUCAAGUGAGGCUGUCCAACACCAGCCAGCUUCCUGCUUGCUAUGGCUUAAUUUACCAGGAACAUGAAGAGAGUCCGUCACUGGUUGUCUCCAGUACCCUUCCCAGAGGAAUGAUUCCGCCCCAAAGUUCAGUGGAGGUCCCCCUAUUCCUUUUGCCUAAGAAAGUUGGCAGACUGAGGGACACUGUACUUUUUACAGUGUUUGGCAGAGCCCAGCCACCCCUGGAAGUGGCCUUGUCAUGUACGGGACAGGGUCCAAUAGUUCAGGUUCAGAGCUUGCAGCUGGACUUCGGCAAAAUCCCACUUCUGAUGGAUGUUACCAGAACUUUGCAUCUUUUAAACCGGUCACCUGUAUCCGCCCACUUUACUGCUCGCAUGGUCCAAAGACACUCCCCGUGGCGUGUUGAGCCCAGUGAGGGGGCAGUGCCCCCAGACGGCCAGUUUGAGCUCAGCCUGGUGGCCCAUCUGAGGGAUACCCUCCAAUUCCAGGACAAGCUUGAAGUGGCUAUCCGGGACAGUCAGACGCACACUGUUCGUCUGUCUGCCACUGGCACCGGCACCACCAUUGUCAGUAAUCGGCCCUUUGGCCCCAGCCUUGACCUGGGAGCAUGCUUCAGCCAUAGACCAUGCCAGUACCGCUUCACACUGACCAACCGAGGCCAACGGGUGCAUCGGCUUUACUGGAAGACGGACAGGUCUUUGCUGCUUCCCCACCAAGUUUCACUGCCCCCCAUCACAGGUGCCAGGGGGAAAAAUAACUAUUCCCACAGGAAGGGGGUGGGUGGGGGCCGUGGAUCCCUGGUCUCUUCCCCCACAGCGAUGCCGGUAUUCAGCCUCAGGCCCUCUCGUGUGGAGCUUUUUCCAGGCUGCUCUGUUGACAUGGUCCUGACGGGAUCUUCAGACACACCUAAGGUGGUACAAGAGCGUCUGGUGUGCUCUGGUAUUGUUGGAGGUCAGGGCUGUUCUACGCACAUCAUGACAGUAGAUGUUACCUGUCACUUUGUGGCUCCUGUAGUCAGCAUUUGCCCUGAGCAGCUCAACUUCUGCAUAGAGAAGGUUCCAGGAAGGAGUUUAGUGCCUUUGUAUAAGAAGCUGGUGUUAAAAAAUGUAUCACCUCUGCCUUUGUACAUGGAUCUGUCUCUGGUUGAGCCCUUCUCCCUGUGCAAAGCCCAGGGAGACCCCAUCUCUGCUACCACCAAGACCAUAGUUUUAGAUGAGGGGAUGGAGGCUGAUUUGUGGGUGUGUUUCAACCCAGCUUACUGUAAGGAUCUGAUGUCACGUGUGGUCGAUGAGUUCCUCCAUGUGUGCUUUCAUGGACACCCACAUCAGGCCACAGUGGGGCUGCAUGCUGAGGUCCACUUCCCCAACCUCCACUUUUCCUCCACCAGCCUGGACUUUGGCUGUGUGCUCAACCUUAUAGAGACCAGGAGAGAACUCACAAUCACCAACUGCUCCCGUCUGCCUGUGUGCUAUCGUUGGAAUUUUCCAGUGGAUCAAACACAAGGCACUGUCAGAGAUUCAGAGGUUCCUAAACUAUCCAUGGAGGAAGAAGAGGCGGAGAAAGGCCCAGAAAAUGAAACUGAAGGUGGGAAGGGUUCCCUUAGAGAGCCUUCUCUUGCCCUCUCAGCUCCCACCCUCCUUCCAGAAGCCAAGACCUCCAUACAAUACCCUGCUCGUGUGGAAGAGGUGUUUGACAUCCUGCCAAAGUAUGGUCAACUGCAGCCCGGGGACCAGCAGCUGGUCACUUUUGCCUUCUACGGCCAUCCAGACAUCAGCAGGCAGGUGGUGGUGCAGUGCCACGUGGACGAGGGGCCUACGUAUGACAUCACACUCCGAGGAGAAGCCUCAGAAAUCACCUACAGUCUCGACUCCACCCACAUCAACCUCGGCCAGCAGCUGUUUGACCAUGUGGCGGAGGCCGACAUAACCCUGAGGAACAGCGGCAAGGUGGGAUUCAAGUUUGGCAUCAUGCCCAUGUGGGAGGAAAUGAAGGAGGUGGCAGGGAGGCAGCGCAAGGCACAACAGCAAGACACAAGGCAGAAAAAGGAGCAUGCAGGAAGGAAUGGAGGACAGCAGGAGUUUCCUGUGGAGCCCAGACCUGGUCAGCCUGUGGUCUUCCCCUCCACAGGCUAUGUGGAGGCCGGUGCGGAGCAGUGUCUACGUGUGUUCUACAUCCCAGGCGUCCCUGAGGUGUUUGAGAAGCAACUACAGCUACAGGUUGCUUUUCUACCACCCCAGGACAUCAUCCUUACCGGAGAGGGAGUGUUCCCUAGGGUCUGCCUGGACUUGCCACGAAACCUAUCAGAAGAAUGCUACGGUGAGGUGUUGCAGCAGGCCAGAGCAGCUGUGGAGACAGACAGAGUCAGACAGGAAACUCAGAGCAGUCCCCUCUCUGGUAGUGGAGCAACACUGAAGGACAACUGCAUCCUAACUUAUGAGAAGCUGCUACACAUGGAGGUUGAGAGAAGACUCGUCAAAGACAAUGCUGUUGCUAUGACCAGCAGCCUGCUGGAGCGCCGAGACUCACCGGGUUCCUCAAAAAAGUGGCAGAAUCUCAGAAGGUUUCUGCUGCCUGAGUAUGUUCUCGAUUUUGGUUAUGUCAUUCAUGGAAUCCUCAAUCACACUGUCAAAGUCACCAACACUGGGACAGUGCCCGUGUCCUUCCAUGCAAACCACAAACCUCUGGAUGGCACAGGCUUCAGUACAGAAUUUCAAAGAGUGAAGAACCUGCCUUGCACAGAAACACAGACAUUCUGGGUUAAUUUUGACCCUCGAGGAGCCAACCUGCCAAUGGGGGACAUUAGCGUUGUCAUGCCAAUACAGGUGUCUGGAGGCCCCACAGUCCAAAUCCGGCUUUGUGCAGUGGUGACCAUGCCGGCCAUCACUGUUUCCACAUAUACACUGCAGUUUGACAGUGUGCAGUGUGGCAUGUGUCAGGUAAUGACGAUACAACUGUUCAAUCACGAGUCUGUACCCUGCUGCUGGAGCAUAGCUGAGGAUGUGAGGCCCUGCAAGAAGAUAAACAUGUUAGACACGUUCCUGCCUUUCUAUCUGCGUAAAAAGGCCUUGCAGAAGCAGUGCCCUCCCCCAGUGGUAUUCGAGAUGAUGCCCCACUCUGGCCUGCUCUACCCCAGAGACCGGGUCAACGUCCAGAUCAAGUUCAGCCCUGCAGAGGGGCGUGCCUACAACAGGCAGCUGGUGGUGUGUGUGGCUGAUAGCACCCAGCGCGUGCUGAUCACAGCCCGGGGGCAGGGUGAGGAGCCUCAACUUGAGUUUUGUCCCUUGGAGCUGGAUCUGGGGCCUUGCCUGCCUUUAAGUGCAGGGGAUGAAGCUGAGGUCAUCAUCAAAAACCCCUGCCCUUUCCCCAUUGAGUUCUACUCCCUGGAGUUCGACACACAGUAUCUUGAGGAAGAAAAGAUCCUGCGUGUGAUGCAGGGUUAUGAUGAGCACAACAUCCUGCUUCUGCCUCCCAGGACCCCUGGAGACACUCUUCCCCCAGAACUGCUUGACCACUACAAUGAACAUUACUCCCAGCUGGCAGACAACGAGAAGACCAGUGCAAGUUGCAGAAGCAGUUUGGGGCAGCUAGAAAUGACUCCUGUGUCCAGAGCAGUUGCCCGCCACAUGGGCAUAGACAUGUCACCUGAGAACCUAGCUGCACGCAGCCAGCGAGGCAUCGCUCUCAUCGUAUAUGGUGCCCCACUGACAGAUCAGAGCAGCACAGCAGCAGCCCUAGCACAUCACUAUGGAGGGGUGUGUCUGAGUGUUGAUGAAGUGGUUACAGAGGUGCUGACCAAUGGCACUUCGCCUGUGAGCCUGACUGCAAGACAUCUCUAUGACCACGCUGCUGCUGAGCAUGCUCAGUGGAAAGCAGACAAGGCUGCUGAGGCUUCUCAAGAUACAGAACUAGAAGCUGUUCUCGCUGCACCUCCAGCUCCAGAGUCAGUUACCACCGCUGUUGUUAGUGCAGAGGUUGCUGAUGCACCCAAAGAGGACAGCAGCCACAGUGAUGAACCCAAAGCUCCACCCUCCAACCUUUCCCAGGAGGGCCAGAAACAGCUGGAUGUGAUUUUGAAUCGGGUAGGCGAUGUGGCCACACUCAGAAAUCUCCUUUCAGUACAACUACUGGCUGAUAUCCUGGCUGAGAGAUUGCAGCUAAGCGAUUGUCAUCGUGGCGUUGUGAUUGAUGGCCUGGAGUCUGUGUACACUUGCUCAGUGGUCAGCACACUACAAGUGGUCCUUAAGGCCUUUAAUAACCGCAAACACAUCUACGUAGUCAACCUGUCUGACACUUACACUGCCCUGAAGGCACGGGAGACAGCACAGAGAGAGGCUGAAGAGGCCCUGCAGAGGGAAGCAGCUGACAGGGAGGAGCAGUGGCUGCUGGGCCUGGGCGAGGAUGAAUACGAUGCUCUACCAGAGGAAAAGAAGGAGUGGAUUGCUCAACGACAACUGGAGAAGUUCCGACAGCGCAAGUGCAGGGAACUGGAGCAAAUUAUGAGAGAGCAGGAGAUGAAGAGGCAACAGGAGGAACAUGAGAUGCUGGGACAAGAAGAGGAGUUGAAGGAACAGACUGAGAAAGUGGUCAAAACAGAUAGUAAUGAAGAGGUCUCAGGGAAGAAGAGUCUUCAGGGAAGGAAGCAGUCUACAGUCACAAUGGAUGGUCAGGGGAUGUCUUUCUCACAUCAAAACAAAAAGGUCCAGAAAAAGACAAAAGAGACCAAGGGACCACAGGCAGAGUCUCUUGAACCUACAAGCAACCUGGAGGGAAGACAGCUCAGCUCAGCCUCACUGCAAUCCAGUGAGGAUGACCUGCUGGCUUGGUUCCAGGCCUAUGAACAAAACCAGGUCCAGGUGGACCACAUCCUGCAGUACUGGGACCGGGCCCAGGGCCUAUUGCUUGUUCCACUCUUGGAUGAUGAAGCCCCUCCAUCACCAGAAGACAUCUCCCCAGAGAAACAGGCUCAGUGUCAACGGUCGUCAACAGUUGGCAAGAGGACCAAGAAAAAAUGUAAGAAAAAGAGGCUUGAGAAAGAGAAGCAGAAGGCAGAUUUGGCUGAUGACACCAUCCCUCACAUUGUACUGAGCAAAACAGGGGGAGACUAUGCCAGUGCCCCAGAGCUGCUGAAAGGUAGUGCCCUGCCUUCACAGGAAGAGGUGUUGGAUGGUUUGGGGUUGGGUCCUGGUGGCCCACCCAUCCCCCCUCCCGUCAUCUUCUCUGUCGUUCCUUUUCCAAAGACAAGGGUGGUGCCAAAUAGUCAGCUGACCUGUGACUGUUUCACUGUCCUAGUUCCUUCAGGCUCAGAGAAGGGGGUGGUAACAACCUCUGCUAUUGGUCGCCGCAAGAAGGAGGGUGCAGUGAUACAGGACAAAGAAGAAAAGGGUCGAGAGAGUCACAGAAGCAAGAGACAAACUUCAGCUGAGAGAGAAGAGAGGGGCUCAGAGGGGCUUACAAAAUACCGCUGGGUGGUACCAGCCAAUGGCAAGGUGGUUCUGAGGAUCAGGUUCCACCCAGGCUCCCCUGGGAUGUUUAGCCAGACGCUCAACUUUGAAGUGCUGGGCACCCAGAAGCGCUAUCAGCUCCUCUGUAGAGGAAUCUGCACCUAACCGUCCAUCUGCAAAGACUACGUCAGUCAACAUCUGUACAGCCAUGACCAAGAACA